UUGGAACAAAAUGAGCCAAUCCGCGUACUCCUAAGCUACUCUAAGCCUGUCCUUAAGACCGUAAGUCGCUGCCAUAUCAGGAAGUCAUGGAAUGUUCCGAAUUUGUUUCCUGUGAUUGAAAUCAACCGGAUGUGCAGCCUGUUUCCUCCCAAAUAAAUUGCUGAAAUUUAACUUUGGGAGAGAUCGCAAUUUCCCCAGAGGCAUGACAACAUCAUCUGCUGUGGCAGAUUUGGGCAAGCGGCUCUUAGAGGCAUCACGUAAGGGCAAUGCUGAAGAGGUUCGUCAGCUCAUGGCCACUGGUGCUCCAAUAACAACAGACUGGCUUGGCACUUCUCCAUUACAUCUUGCGGCACAAUAUGGCCAUACUGUGACUGCUGAAGUCUUGCUCCGUGCAGGUGUGAGCCGAGAUGGCAAAACAAAGGUUGAUAAGACUCCUUUGCACUUAGCUGCACAGCAAGGACAUGUUGAAAUUGCACAGAUGCUGGUUAAAUAUGGCGCAGCUAUCAAUGCUGUUGAUAUGCUUACAAUGACACCACUACACUGGGCUGUUGAAGCAAGGAGCCUUCCAAUCUGCAGGUUGUUGAUGGAAAAUGGAGCAAGAACAGAUGUGACAAAUAAGUUUGGCAAAACACCCAUAGACAUCGUCAAAUCCAACGGAUUCAACGAACUUUUGGAUGUCCUCUUGUCCAUCGCUUCUAGCCCUCAAGAAAACGGGGGUAAACGGAUUGGCCACAAAAAUGACUACUCCUUGUUUUUGGAACACAAGAAGCGCAUGCGAACUCGAAAAUUUCCGAUGACCGCUGGAUCAUGGACAGUGGGCGAGAUGCAGUCAGGAGACAAGGAAGAGAGGCUGAAAGCAAAAGAGCCAAAGUUGAUGACGAAAUUAAAUGACAAUGCAUUUAUCCCUUCGAGCGAACGAGUUGAAGCGACAGUUGCAAGCAAUUUGUCGUCUCUUGUUGACGCGGCAGCUUUGGUGAGAUCUAAGGUGCAAGGCACGACGGGAAGUGGCAGGAGCGUUUCAUCACCUGGCAGCUCUGUCGCGAGAGGUUCUUCCGAACCCAGCGUACUCGACACUCUUGCAACCUUGGCAACAGCCUCGACUCAGAUGACAACAUCUGCAUGUGAGACUAAUCAACAAGGGCCGAAAACAGCUGCACACACUGUCGUUCCGAGUUUUGUAACAAUUCCCGGAAUACAAGGUCCGGUCCAAAUCGUCCAAGCGAAUCCGAAUCAACCCGGAAUCAUCCAUCAGAGCCACCUUGCGUCACCCUUGCCCCCUGGAAUGGUUCAGCUCGCUUCACCUUUGGCCUUGAACAUUCUACCAGGGGGUAGAUUUCCGAUCGGACAACCAAUUGUUCCGGGCCAUCCACUUGGAGUUCCGUUCCAGAUGCCACUCCAGUCGCCCGGAAUCCCAGCCGGACAUUUUGUUGCUGUUAGCAGUGGUCAGAAUUUCGCUGUUGUUAGCGGGAUCCCCUCUGGUCAGGUUCUUUCCAAGCCUGGAAAUGUUACUGAUACAGGUCAAAGUCAAGGGGGCACGGUUGUUACUCCUAUUGCUCCUUCACAGCUGACAUCCGCCUUCCAGUAUGCUAACAUCGGUUCUGGCUUAACGCCGAUACCGCUUGUACCUGUUGCGGGGAUCGGCGGAAUACAGUUAGUGCCGCAGGCUAUGUUGCAGACACAACUGCUAAAUGCCAUUCGCGGCGGCAUGCCGCAAGCCCUAGGCGGAGGAGCAGCCCAGCCCCAAUUCGUGGCACCAGGUGGUGCAUACACAAUCCCAAUGUCACCUCUGAACUUAUCAAGCAUUUUACCCACAGCAUUGUCCUUGUCACAAAUCCCGGUCACGCAACAGUCUGUUAACACUAUUGCGCAUGUUUCUUCACUGUCGCCGCAAAGCAUUAAUAAAGUUGUCAUGUCGUCAAGUGAGUCCCAGAAUGACGUUGUUGGAAACAGACAAACUCUCAUAUUAUCAGGUGCCCAGGCAUCCAAGGUCGCAAGCUUUCAACAUCAGCAGAAUAUAACUUUAGGUGCCCAAGGAGAUGCAUUUGCCGAGACUUCUUCGCAACAAGUGGCUGACCAGAGCGCCCAUGCAGAGGCAACAGUUACUGCGCACAACAUGCCAUUUUCGUCAACUGCCCAAAUCAGCUUGGGCACAAUCAGUUCGCCACCUUCUCUCGCUUCCGUACUUGCCUCACAGGCAUUUGCUGCCGGUCACGGCAUUUCAGAAUUGCCUCGUAGCAUUGCCGCUACUACGAUCGGAUAUCAACCACUGACUCCUCGAACCCCCACUAGGGAACCGAAUAUCGCGAGUGACGUAUCCAGAACUGAAAUUUCAGUAAACCCCCAGGGUAUGACACAUAUUGGGGGCGAUUUUAUUACGUCGGGCCCCUCAAAAUCAGAUGUUGGUUUGAGUGAAAGUAACAAAGAUCAUUCCUUGCUGUCGCAACUCACCAUAGCAACGGUCGAAUCAAGAGCGCCAUCUUUAAUCGUCAACAGUUCGGAAAGCCCGCGAAUACCGAUUUCCCCCGUGUCUUUUGCACAGGGGGACGAGGAGAUGCAAAGUGUUUCCCCAUCCCGGAUCAGCCCGACCAAGUCAAGAUCAACAACCCCCGCCAUUUUCUCUACGUCAUCAUCAGAGCACGGCAUUAUGGGAGAUGAUUUGCAAACGUCAGCAAAAUCUGAUCCAAUUCAAUCCAUCGUGACAUCGCCGUCAUUUCAUGAACCUUCCUCGCUUGUAAACAAUUCGUCAGUGUUGCCCGCACAUCACGUCUUACCUCAUCUUCAGCAACUCAUUUACCGCCAACUUCUGCAGCAAAUGCCAACUCGACAGCCUAUAACCUCGGAGUCGUUAGAGUCUCACGAAGGCGCGGUUGACAAAGGGUCGCCAAGCAAUCAAUCGCCGACGCCAUCAUCACCGGGACAACCAAAUUCGCCGUCACGUGAUUAUGAAGAACGGUCAGAUGAUCAAGCAGCCGUCCAAUCAGAAUACUUUUGGAGGGUUAUUGAUCAGGAAAACUCGGAUUUGAAAAGACAGUUCGCUGAAACCGAGCUCGGUUCGGAUUUGUAUACUGGACAUUUUCCGAAAGCGGAACGAAAGGAGGACGCAAGAGACCAACAUAGUCCGAGAUCAGAGGACCGGACCCAAAUGGAUGUGUUGCUUGCCAAAGAUUCAGAUGAAGUCUCCCUGGAAAAUGACCUGCAUAAUAAUAAUGGUCACAGGAAAGGACUAGGAGAGACGGGGGUAGCUGUCAGCCUAUGAUUGGUGAGUGGUAAGGCACAUACCCUUCUCCUAUUCAAGUGCUGUCCUUCUGUAUUUGCCUCGCCCUCAAAGCCUCUGUCGCAAAAUUACAAUUUCAUGUGGCUGCACGUGAUGUAACUGUUGUGAGGCAGUCGGAUAGUCUAACUUUUCAUUCGUGGGAAAAUGUUCAAAAGGCGCAAGUUAUUUCUUCGUGUCCCUCAAGCAGUUUCCACCUGUUAUUCAUAGUUACGUAUCCUUGCUCAAAAACAAACUGAUCUUGUAAAUAACAUAGCUAUUACAUCCCUUCCGCCUCAUUGUUUUUCUCAGAAUUGUCUUGUUUUCCAAGAACUAAUGUACCACGUGACACUCACUAUCCAUUGGUUAUAACACCAAAACGCAGACAUUUGAAAGUUUUUGUAAUUUAUAUAGAAAGCAGAGUAUUAUAAAUUAGAAAAGUAUAUGAUGUAAAGUAGAUUUUAGAAAACAUCUUUGUCAUCCGAUUUUCUAUUAAAGAAUAACUGUACGAGCAACGGGUUUCAAAAUGUUUUUUACCCCAGGUCCUUUCGGGGGGGGGGGGGUUGUAGAGAUCUUCUUUCACCCUGUGCAGGAAAAAAUGCAUUAAUUUUUCCAAAAUGUCUAAUAGCAUAAGUCAUUCGAUCUGUUUCACUACAUGCCCAGGGCAGGGUGUCUAGAAAACCCAGGGACAGGGACAGUCGCCGAGUAUUGCACAAGUAAACGCUGUUGCUUUUUUCGCAAUUCUUUAUAAUUCAUGUCGAUAAAAUUUAUCUCGAUGAAAAAUUUUCUUUACGGUUGGCCCUCCGACACAUUUGCCUCCUUGCCAUGCCCCCUAAUAACCACAUCUUCUUUCCCUCCUUAUGUGGGAAGUACCACUCUUGGCGAUUUUACCUUCUCCAGUUCCCCAAUCCUCGUUGCUCGUACUUUUGUUUCUUGUUGUAACAUUUUACUAUUUGCGACAUUUCUAUAAACGACAGGGUUUUUUACGUGGUGGGUUUGGGACAAAUCUGUUUUUAUAUUUUUUGUUAGGCGUCGAUGCGGAUCUCAAUAAUUGUAUUUAACUUGGAGUUUUGAUGCUUGUAACACUUUUUAGUUUUAUCGUUCUUCAGUUCAUGUCUCUAAUAAACAGACUCUUUAGAUCCUUAUUUACUAUUCUGUUAAUUAUCACACACCAAUUUCAAUCGCAUUCAUAGUGUACUCUUUGGGCGAAUUGUGACGUCAUUUACAAUUCCAGGUAUAGCCUGCCUCUCCAUAACCCUCUCACUUAUAUCCAGAAUCGAUUUUACAGAAUCUGUGAAUCCUCUUGGAACAUUUUUCUACCAUGUCGUGCCUGGCUCAGAAUAGAAGAUGAAUUCCCCUUGCUUACCUUAAUCCAUUUUCAGACAUCCGAAAGAACCUAUUAACACAAAGGUCAUAUAUUUUAUUAAGUUGCUUAGUUUCUUGAAACCGGCCCUGCGUCCCAGCUAUUCAAUGCGAUUUUGUCUCUAGAUCUUUUGUCAUUUCGACUAUCUUUAUCAAAUUUAAGCUUUCCCAUGUUCCUUAAAUUGUUGCCCCCUAAAGCAGACAAAGGAUGUUGACCCCGUCCUAACCUUCCAUAUUAGAUAGAACUCAGCUCCCUGAUCUGCUUAGGGAUCCUCUCUGUAUUAUUUACAAUAUCUUUAUUUAUAUCCAUUAUUUUCAUGCCAAAUAACUAUGAUUCUUUUUGGCUGUGUUCAUUUUGCUGUUUUGUAUUUAAAUUGUUGUUGUUGUUGUUGGUCGUUACAGUAACUUGGUAUCUCUCUUGUUGUUGUUGUUGUCGUCGUUGUUGUAGUUGUAGUAUGCAGUUGAUUAAUUCCAGGUUUAUAAAACGGCGAAAAAUCGGAACUUUAUCCGGGUUAACGUGUCUAUUCCCCCUCGCAGCGCCAAUAUACUAGGUAUCAACUACCCUUUGUUAAUCAGGGAUCCGGCGUUAGACAUUGCACGGGCGUCUAUAACGGUUCCGGUCUUAACCAGGAAUCCGGUACUGAUCAAAUCUGUGCACCAGUUUUAAUCCAGGCUUGGCGUACUUUGAAGACCCGGGUUAACUCGGAGAUCCGGCGUAAGUAGAAGAACAGGCGUUGACGAAAGACCCGGCGCUGAUCAGAAACCUAGUUUUAAUCGAAGCAUCGUUUUUUGUAACAAUUCCGGUCCGGCAUUAAUACUUGGCCCGGCGCAUAUUAGAGAUGAUAGAAGCUGUGAGACCCGGCGCUCUUCGUAUUUGAUAGAUCCUUUGUACUUUGUAUCGUUGAAUAAUAUUUUUUAAAUAAUCAUAUUUGUACUUCGAAGAAGAUAAAUCUAUGCAAUAAAACAAAUCACCGAGUGUUUGCUCUUUUUCAAUUUCAUUCUCACGUGGGGUGCCACAAAGCUUUGUUCUAGGACCUAUCAUUUUCAAUGUUUGUCUCUCAAAUCUACAACGGCAAAAAUGACGUGAAAACGAUAGAAAUAUCGCUUGUAUGUCAUGGAACAUUGGUUUUAUCUUUUGAGACGCUAUUUUGGGCUUUUCAACUUCGGUGAAGUUUAAAAAUUGGCGUUAGAAAUUCAGUAUCUUAACUUGUUCAAUAGAUAAAGUUUUCCCUCUUUUCAUCUUACAAAUAAACAAAAUUUCUGCGCCUAUUAAUUCCAAUAUUUAUUUUGGAAAGUAAUUGGAAAGUGCUCGGGUUGGUAUCUAAUUUCGCAAUAGAUGUCAGGUAUUUGUUUAGCAUUUUUGGAACUUUGUUAUGGAAAUAUUGUUGAAAUGUAGAGAAACAUUUUAAAGGAUAGAUACAUGGGCUACAUUCUUUUGUUAUACAAACUCAACUGAAAACUUGUCCAGUGUGUUCCAAAGCUGGGAGGAACCUUAAACAAGAAAAUGAUAUCAACACUUUACUGUUGGAUUUUUUUUGAUUGAUACAGAUGUAAAACUUCUUUUCUUGCCCGGCGAAUUUCUGCACAACCCUGAAAAGCCUACUAGCAGUUUAGGCGUUUGCCCGAUUAACGGUUCUAUCGGCUAUUGCAAGAUACUCCCCGGGCUGUAGCCCGAAUAUACUAUCUAGUUGGGGCACAAGACCCGCUCAAAGAAAGAAAAAUUGUCCAAUGAACGUAAAUC